AUGGUGGAGUUUCUGCCCGACAGCACCCUCGCCGAGGUGGCGCGCGCGGCCGCCGCCUCGUCGGAGUGGUCCCCGCCCUGGGGAAUUGGGGAUCCCCAGCCCUCCAUCCUGCGCGCCUCGCGGAGCGCGAUCGGCGGGGAGCCGGGCAUCCAGCAGAUCGCCUUCACGGCCGUCAAAAGCGCCUCCGAUGUGGAAAACGACGCGGUUGAGUCCUACCUUAGGAAAAGGAGGAUGCCCGGCGACAUCCCGACAGGGGAGGCUUUUCCGCAGGAUCGGUUUUCGCUCUUUGCGGACGCCCUCAAGCAGCAAUUUCGCCUGUCGAAGUUUUCAUGCGGCUUCUCUAUCGAGGCGUUCUCUGGGGGUUAUCUUAACCCCGAAAACGACGCCAAGGCCGCUCAGGAAUGUAAAGUGGCCCCCACCGCUUCCGCUAACAACCGCGCCAUGCAUGAAAAAGAGGCGUUGUUGACGAGUUUGUGGGGGCAUAAGCUUUUGGGUGGGGUCAGCCGCUGGCUUCCGCCUUCAAUGCAGCCCUGCCGGCCGCCGGUGUCGGGGCGAAAUUCAAUUCCACCUCAUUCGAAUGAAGCGAAUGGCAUCCCACGUCAGUCGGAUCAAAAACUACUUCGUAGCUUUUUAUCAUUCAAAAAACUGCGCGAUCCAGAAAAAGUAAUUAUGUACGAGGUGCAGCGGCAAGACGCGUUGAUGAAGAUGAUGACAAUCAUAAAACCAGCGGAUUAG